AUGUUGUUUCCCUCGAUUGUGGCGGCCCUGGCGGCCCUAGCAAACCCCGUCCUCUCUCUUACCAUUCCCCAGGCGACUGGGUCGGAGCUUGAUGUUCAACUCAGUGCUAUUGGUAACACCCGCAUCAAGGCGGUUAUUACCAACAAGGCCGACCGUCAGUUGAAGUUGCUGAAAUAUAACAAUUUCUUCGACGACGGCCCAAUCCAGAAGGCUGGUGUCUUCAAGGACGGCCAACCCGUGAAAUUUGAAGGUAUGCUGCGGCGUGUUCUCAUGAAGAACCUCGAGCCGAGCCUUUUUGUUUCCCUCAGUCCCGGUCAGACUGUUGAAAGGGAAUUUGAUAUCGCCUCUACCGCUGAUCUAGCCAGUGGUGGCGCCUAUUCUGUUUUCUCCCAGGGCGCCAUCCCAUUUGCGGAAGGCGAUGGAACCACGAUUGCUGGAGCUGUCGCUUUCAAGUCCAACAAACUUGACCUUGACAUUGACGGUGCCCUUGCCGCCACAGUCUCCAAGGCAAUCAAUCCGAUUAGUGCACGCACCAGAGUGGAGAGUGCUUGCAGAGGGGAACAAAGGGAGACUCUUUUGAAGGCACUCGAGUACUCUGCUCAGCUUUCAAGAGCUGCAGCGCAGGCCGCUCAGAAUAAUACCCGGAAGGUUGAGGAGUACUUCAUGAAGUCUGAUGCACAGACUGUUGAGACUAUUGUUGCCCGACUCAAUGCUGUUGCUCAGGAAUCAUCCUCAACCGAUAGCGGCGCGACCCGCUACUUCUGCAACGAUCGCGGUAAUCAGUGUACACCAAACACCAUUGCGUACACCCUCCCAUCUCUUAACGUCGUCGUCAACUGCCCAAUUUACUACGACCUGCCAGUAAUCAGCGAUGAAUGCCACGCGCAAGACCAGGCUACUACUUGCCUCCAUGAGUUCACCCACAACCCUGGUGUCUAUGAUCCUUACUGUCGGGAUCAUGCGUACGGAUACGACGGCAUCAGAAAACUUAGUCCUGAGCAGGCCCUCCUCAACGCAGACACGUAUUCCCUCUUUGCAAACGGUAAGCCUAAGUCGCAGACCACGUCCAAUUUCAAUUUAAAGUUUUAA